AAACAAAGCCAAAGCAAAGCUUAUUUAUUCAACAAUCAACUCAUCCAAUUUUCCUAUCUUAUUUCUCCUUUUUCCCUUUCUUGUUCAAUCAUUCUUCACAAAAAAAGGCAAAUAUGGCAAAGAGUUCAUUCAAGCAAGAACAUGAUCUUGAGAAGAGGCGUGCUGAAGCUUCUAGGAUUAGGGAAAAGUACCCCGAUAGGAUUCCGGUCAUCGUUGAAAAGGCUGAAAAGAGUGAUAUUCCCAACAUUGACAAGAAAAAGUAUCUUGUCCCAGCCGACUUAACUGUAGGGCAGUUUGUCUAUGUCAUUCGCAAAAGGAUUAAAUUGAGUGCAGAAAAGGCAAUUUUCAUAUUUGUUGAUAAUGUCCUUCCACCAACAGGGGCAAUCAUGUCUUCAAUCUAUGAUGAAAAGAAGGAUGAAGAUGGUUUCCUCUAUGUUACCUACAGUGGUGAAAACACAUUUGGCGACCUCAACUUAGUGUAGCUUUCAUGGCAGCGACUUCCGGUCAUUUUCUUAAAAGUUCUCUUCAUCGUCCAUCGACGCUGCUGUGUCCUGCUAAUAUUCAGUUGUUGCCUCCAUCUUGUAUAGGUUUUAAUAAUAUUACAAAUUUGUAUAUAACCUAUAACUGUGUAUAGUUCAAGAAAACCAAAUGCCAGGAUCUCCUGGCAACUGAUCUUAAUAACCAGUUGGAUUCAAUCUCAUUAACAAUGGUAUAUUGGUAUUACUGUUCUGGAUCAGUAUCUGUGAUUUGAUGAGAUAAGUAUACAACAUCAUUCACUCCAUUGGGUGUUUUUGACAUUGCGAAGGUAGAGAGGCUUUUCCACUACUGUAAUGACGGUCUUGGCUCGAGUCGAGGGUCUAUCGGAAACUGUCUCUUUACCUUCGCAAGUUCUAAAUACACAAUAUUUUCUAUAGACCCUACUUAUGAAAUUAUACUGGGUUUGUUGUUGGUUGUUUUUGACAUUGUGAAAGAAUUUGCUCUAAAUAGGAAAGGAUUAUAUUU